AUGGGCAAGCUGACCCCAGGCCUCAAGUGGGUGAUGUGGGGGAACUCAGGGAGCCAGCUGCUGGCGUGGUUGCUGUGGCUGCAGGUGUGGCAGGUGGCAGCACCGUGCCCGGGCGCCUGUGUGUGUUACAAUGAGCCAAAGGUGACAACAAGCUGCCCACAGCAGGGCCUGCUGGCCUUGCCCGCCGACAUCCCAGCUGCCAGCCAGCGUGUCUUCCUGCACGGAAACCGCAUUGCGCACGUGCCAGCCGCCGGCUUCCGUGCCUGCCGCAACCUCACCAUCCUGUGGCUGCACUCCAACGCGCUGGCCCACAUCGACGCCACCGCCUUUGCUGGCCUGGCGCUCCUCGAGCAGCUGGACCUCAGCGACAACGGACAGCUGCGCUUCGUGGACCCCGCUACGUUCCGAGGCUUGAGCCGCCUGCACACGCUGCACCUAGACCGCUGCGGCCUGCAGGAACUGGGCCCAGGCCUGUUCCGUGGCCUGGUUGCCCUGCAGUACCUCUACCUGCAGGACAACAGGUUGCAGGCGCUGCCCGAUGAUACCUUCCGCGACCUGGGCAACCUCACACACCUCUUCCUGCAUGGCAACCGCAUCCCCAGCGUGCCCGAGCGCGCCUUCCGCGGCCUGCACAGCCUCGACCGUCUGUUGCUACACCAGAACCGUGUAGCCUAUGUGCACCCUCACGCCUUCCAUGACCUUGGCCGCCUCAUGACGCUCUACCUGUUUGCCAACAACCUCUCGGCACUAUCUGCUGAGGCCCUGACACCCCUGCGUGCCCUGCAGUACCUGAGGCUCAAUGACAACCCCUGGGUGUGUGACUGCCGGGCGCGCCCGCUCUGGGCCUGGCUUCAACAGUUCCGAGGCUCCUCGUCUGAGCUCCCCUGUAGCCUGCCCCCACGCCUGGCCAACCGCGACCUCAAGCGCCUGGCUGCUGCCGACUUGGAGGGCUGUGCUGUGGCGGCCAGGCCCUCCCGUCCCAUCCGGACUGGCGGGCCCACUGACGAGGAGCUGCUACGGCUGCCGAAGUGCUGCCAGCCAGACGUCAUGGACAAGGCCUCAGUGCUGGAGGCUGGGAGCCCAGCAUCAGCAGGCAAUGCACUCAAGGGGCGUGUGCCACCCGGUGACAGCCCACUGGGCAACGGCUCCAGCCCUCGGCACAGCAAUGACUCCCCCUUUGGGACCCUGCCUGGCUCGGCUGAGCCCCCACUAACCGGGCUGCAGCCCGAGGGCUCCGAGCCACCAGGGCUGCCCACCACGGGCCCGCGCCGGAGGCCAGGCUGUUCCCGAAAGAACCGUACCCGCAGCCAGUGUCGUCUGGGUCAGGCAGGCAGUGGGGGCAGUGGGGGCAGUGGGGGUAGCGAUGCAGAGGGCUCAGGUGCUCUGCCCUGCCUCGCCUGCAGCCUCACCCCCCUGGGCCUGGCACUCGCCCUGUGGACAGUGCUCAGGCCUUGCUGACCAGCCCUCAGAACAUAAGGCCUUUCUCUGCAACUAGGUGUGUGUACAUACCGGCUCCCUCCAUGUGUCAGCCGGGGCCCAAUGCCUCUGCCAGCCCAGUGUCAGCACCGAGCAGCCCCAUGGGCAGGGCAGGCCCUCCCUGACGGACGUCUCCCCACCUGCCCGCCCACUCCCCAUCUCCACCCCAUCAUGUUUACAGGGUGCGGCAGCGUUUGUUGCAGAACGCUGCCUCCCGCCUGGAUCGCGGAACAUAGAGAUAUGCAUUUUAUUUUACUUGUGUAAAAAUAUUGGACGACGUGGAAUAAAGAGCUCUUUUCUUAAAA